AUGUACCUCCUCCCCGGCCUCGCCUUCUUCGUCUAUCUCCGCCUCGUCGCUACUCAUACUGGCCACGACGAGCCAGCGCCAGGAGAGACCGUCCAGCAAUAUGCACAGAGACACAUGGCUUCCGAGCAUCACAUCGACUCGUUCGAUACUGAGAGCUUCUUCCACCUACAUGAUCUCAACCGAGACGGCGUUCUUGACAAGGAGGAGAUUGAGGCUAUCUAUGGUGUGCAUCACGUUUACUCCCAGAAAAAGUCCAAGGACGAGGUUGAGCACCAGAAGAAGGCUGACCACAUCGUUAACACCGUGUUGAGACUAAUUGACAAGAAUGGCGACGGCAAGAUCACCUUGGAAGAGUUCAAGCAGGUCGGACUCGAGGGCUUGCCCAAUUUUGACGCCCUAGGCGCAGAAGGGCAUCACUAUGAUGUCGAGAGCGAAUUCUUCCUCCACCACGAAGAACAAUUCCAUUCCCUGCCCGAGACGCAGACAGAUGACGCCUACUCGCACCCUGAAGAUCUCGAGCACUUCGCCGCACACGACCAGAUUGAGCGCGAGGAGGCCGCGCGCGAAGCUAAAUUCCAAGGCAUCACCGUCGAGGAGGCGCUCGCGCAGCACGAGCCGCACGAGGAGCCCGUCGCACAGCAGCCCGCCGGCGGCGCGCAACAGGUGGUAGACCAGCACGCUAAGGAGGCCGCAGACUCACCCAGCGGCAUCCCGCGGGUGUCGCGCCCUGUGCCCGAGAGUGAUGACCCUGCAGUGCGCUUCCAGAGCGUGAAGGCGCAGGGCGAGUGGGGUGAUGAAGGGUAUAAGCCUCCCCGUUCGCCGUCAGAUCGACUGAAGAAGAAUUUGCCGUACAAGUACAAGUUCCGCCGAACUUGGGGCGAUUUCUGA